GAAUCCGUGCUUUUUUUCCUUCACUAAGUAGAAGCCAAUUGCGAUUAAGGCAUCAUGGUUCGCGAGGAGUUAAUCUCUUCUGCAGUGACAUUCCUACAGGAUCCCUCUGUGGCAUCAGCUCCGAUUGAGAAGAGGAUAUCUUUUCUACAGUCAAAGAACCUCACUAAAGAGGAAAUUGAUGUAGCUCUCGCGCGCGCUGGCGAGGACCCAUCACCGGCCGCAGCAGCAUCGUCAGCAGCAUCGGGAUAUCAAUCCGCACCACAACAAGUCGUCUACCGACCACCUCCGUCAUCGCCACAAGGAUAUGGAUACCCUCCGUAUGGCCAGUGGCAACCUCCGCCGGAACCUCCGAAACGGGACUGGCGUGACUGGUUCAUAAUGGCUACUGUCAUGGGAGGAGUCAGUUAUGGGCUCUAUUUUGUUGCCAAGCGAUAUAUCACACCUCUAAUCGCACCUCCGACUCCCCCGCAACUAGAGCAAGACAAGCAACAUAUUGAUGAACAAUUCAAUCGAGCAUUCGCCCUGAUUGAACAGCUCUCCACUGACACUGCCGCCUUGAAGACGGCUGAAGAGGCGCGUACCGAGAAGUUGGAUGCUACUUUACGAGACGUAGAAACUUUGGUCGCCGAUCUGAAGACCGCAUCGCGGCGGCGAGAUGACGAGACCCGACGUAUUAAUGAUGAGGUCAAUGCACUGAAGGACACCAUUCCGAAGGCGCUUGAGGGCGCGCGCGAGGGCAACGAAAAUCGUUUGCGGGAGCUUGGAACUGAAUUAAAGAGUUUGAAGACUCUUCUGGGUAACAGACUCGGCGGGGGUGCUUCUCCGUCUCCGGUUACCCCGAGGGCGCCUGAUACAACCGCCCCCAAUACUGAGUCCACGCCGUCUUCAACUCCUCCUGCAACUAAUGGAACCACGCCUACUGCAUCCCAACCAGAGACUCCGUCCGGAUCUGCACAGGCCCCGAGUGCCAACUCCGCCAACCCCACCAACCCACUUUCACGGUUCAGCAAGUCCCCCUCAAUCCCUGCCUGGCAGUUGGCUGCCGCGAACCGGUCCAAGCCCGCAUCUUCUUCUACCCAGGCUUCCAGUGAAAACUCUGGUGCCGACCAGUCGAGCGCCCCCGCCAGUUAGUCCGUUCUUAGGCCAAUGCAUAUUAGCUCGAGUUCUCCUG